UUGAAUAGAUUCUUGGGUAGCAUUGCAAGAAACUCUAAUUCUCUUCCUAUUAGUUAUUCUAGUUGGAAGAAGAUUCCUAAAGAUUAUAAAGAAGACGUAGUUAAGAAUACUAUUCAGGCUAAGUUUAAUGUCCAUUCUGAUGUUCAUAUAAGCCACAUCCUCAAAUCACUUAACAUAAAGUGGAGAGACCACCGACAGGAAUUGUGGCAACUUAGAAAUGAUGGAACACGUACUAGAGAUGAAUUGAUCACAAUGGUUCCAGCAGGAAUAGAUAGAGAUCAUUGGGCUUCUUUUGUGGAUUAUCGACUAAAUUCAAAAACAAAGGAGCAUGCUCUGAAAAAUAAAGAUAAUAGGGCAAAGCAAACCAUUGCUCACACAUGUGGAUCUAAGAGCAUUGCAAGGAAAAGAGAUGAAAUGGAAAAAGAGUGUGGCCACAAGGUUAGUAGAGGAGAGGUAUGGAUAGCAACACAUAAACAUGCUAAUGGAGCCUUUGUGAGUGAUGAAGCGAGGGAAAUCAGUGAAAAAAUUCAAGUAUAUGAAUCAACAUCAUCAUCAUCUGUAUCAAAAGAAAUAUCAAGUACUGAUUCCUUAGCUUUUGCUUUCGGAAGCCAAGAGCACUGUGGACGUGUUAGGGGUUUGGGUUUGGGUCCUUGCCCAUCUAAAGUGUUUGGCUCCAAGGGUCAUUCAUAUAGUGGAGCAUCUUCAAGUUAUCCUUCUAAUGCUCAGUUACAAAAUCAGGUUUCUACAUUGACAUCCCAACUCAAUGAAAUGAAGGCAAUGGUUAUUUUUUUGGUACAAAAUUAUCAAGGAGAGUUGCCUCGUGAUUUUACUGUGCAUCAUGCACCAACGGUAUCUGAUCAAGGAAGUGUUCCUAACGAAGAAACAAAUGAUCAACAUCCAACACCGCAUUAGAUGAUAUUUUUCGUUUACUUUUGAAAUUUGUCAACAAAUAUGCUUCUAGGAAACUUUUGGUUAAUUUUGGUUUUAUUGUAGGUAG